AUGAAUGACACAUCUUUUGAUCCCAUCUUGCUUUCAGCCGCUCUAAUUGAUCCCUCGCCAAGAUGGACCCCGGAUCCAGAAGAAAUGGAGCAAAGAUGGAAAGAGAAAGCGUGGGAGGCUUACAAUAAUCUCAUCCAAGAGGGCGGAAUUCCUUCCAGGGAGGUUCACACGGAGCCCAUCUGGAAAGUGAACCUAACAGACGGCGGAGAGUACUCUUUUCACCUUGACGAGCAGGGUACGGACUAUCUUAUUGAACCGGCCCUCCUCUCGUCUUUUCACUGGAAACAUGAGCGAACAUGGUUUGAAGAGGAGCUCGAGGACUGGAGGCAGUUUUGCAAAAGGAACCGGAGGCAACGACGUCUGGAGUACCUGAACUAUCAGGAGCAGCGUAUACAGACACUGAGAGGAUCGGUUGUGGAUUACGAAUUUAAACUAUCUGAGGCGCGACUAGAGCUUCACAUGAGAAGCAUUCGGCUAGCAAGGACACAAAAGAAGGUCGGGAAGGGACUGAAGCGAAAGAAGGUACCCAGCUCCGAGAGAGGUCAUCCUAGACGCAGUGACCGCAUUCAGCAGCAAAUAAAAUACCGGAAAUAG